AUGCUCCAACAACGCUUUCAUCAAUUCUACAGCGAGAAUGAGGUGGUGGUACCCGGAGUGGCAGAGGCCUUGGCGAAGGAUGAUUCGCUGCGGCUGGGUGAACUGGUCGAUCUGUCGCAGCAAGAAGGGGACAUUGGUUUGCAGAAUUUGGUGCCGGAGACAAGAUGGCUUCCUGCCGAGGCCCGUUGCCUGGGUGCGGUCUGCUCCAGCGCCUUUGGCGCCGGCUUCGGCGGCAGCUGCUACGCCCUGGUGCCGCGGCCGCAGGCGCAGGCCUUCCGCAGCGUCUGGCGCACGGCCUACGUGAAGGAAUUUCCGGACAGAGCCUCGACCUGCGAGUUCUUCGUGACUGCCCCUGGGCCCGGUGCCAUCGAGAUCCAGGCUGGGGUGGGCUCGGAUGUGGCAAAGCGAUGCAAGUUUGAGGUCAAAGAAAAGGGCGCUGCACGGGCUGCGCCUGUUGCGCGCAAGCGGCCGGCCACAUCGGUUCUUCAGCGUCCUGCGAAGAAAUGA